AUGUGCCAUGGCGCAUUUUGGGUCCUUUGGCUCGGCCUGUGUCCUUGGGGUCCCGAGGCCCAGAAAGCCGUGGUCCUGGAGACGAGGAAACCAGAUUCGAUGAUCCUCUUUCCUUCAGAAAAGGAGAAGGACAAAAAGGAAGCGGCGGUGGCAGCGGCCUCCCCUGCUGUGAGAUUGGCCAGUCUGAAGCUGAGCAAACACCGCCGCUUUUGCGGGGACAAGGACGGGCAGUUCCCUGCAUGCCCAGACGCGGAUGCCAAGCAGGAAGCAGUGAAACCAGCAGCGAAGCCAGCAGCGAAGCCAGCAGCCAAACCAGCAGAGCCAGAGGCGAAGCCGGCAAAGCUGGAGCUUGGAAGUGAUGCUUCGCCAUGUGCAAGCUGCUUGCAUUCGAAGACGCUGCCGUGUUUCUAUGACGAAAGUUGUCCCGGAGUUGGCUGUGGUGCGCAGGGGCACAAGAAUUGUCGCUUCUGUGGGGGCGAGCAGUUCCCAGCCUGUCCGGAUCCCAAUGCCCCCAGUGCCAAGCCAAAGCCCGGCACGACUGCGAUCUCGGCCAAGCAUGCUGCAGUAACUGCGCCUGCUACAAGUUCGGGAGCUUCCGGGGAUCCACAGAUGACAGAUGAUGUAUUGGACGAAGCUCAGGAUUUCGAUAUCUACAGAUGUAUGGCUGGAUCUGCUGUGGACACCCACGCCAUGGAAGAUGAUGAUAUCGCAGAUCUGACUGGUGCACUGAAGUAUGUGCACACCGAGAUCUUGACAGAACACUUGCAGAGCCCAAUCCGUCAGACCAGGAAGUAUGGGAUUGAUGUGGUCACUCGCCACAGGAUGAAGUUUAAGAAUCCGUCAACGGUACAGAAGACGCCGAAUGCCCUGCAGGGGGAGUUCAGCCAAUUUGUGACCUAUGACUUUGGAAAGGCAACCAAUCCGGCACAGAUGCCAAUCAUCAAGGAGCAGGGCGACUUUGUGGGCAUCGCGCCCUGCACCGAUUUGAAAUGCGACGUGCGCUUUCCAAGUCCGAAACCCUAUUCCUGGCUUUCCAUGGGCAACUGGUGUCCGAACUUAUCCUGGGACAAGAAAGGGACCAAGAGCCAUCCAAAUCCCAACUGCUUGAAGCAUAGCGAUGGGACGUUCAUCAAAGGUGGGCUUUGUGAGAACGGCUUUAAUCACCAGAGCUUCCUGCCAGGGCCGGAGCCUCCCACUGGAGAGCAGGGCUGUGUCUAUAAAUAUGGCAAAGCCACCAUGGUGAAGCUGGAUGAUGUGGCAGCCUGGCAUGAUGAGUAG